ACGGGGAUUCUGGAAGCGAAUGAAGUGUAUGUACACACUUCUAGUAUCAUAGAUAAUGAUCAACCGUUAGAGGAUGAGCAGGAAAUUAGACGAAAAAAUCAGGUUCGGACUGGAAAGGUCCUUGUUACUAGGAAUCCAUGUUUACAUCCCGGGGAUGUUUCAGUGCUACGGGCGGUUGAUAUUCCCCAAUUGUAUCACUUAAAAAAUUGUAUUGUCUUUUCGCAAAAAGGUCAAAUACCAGUGGCUAAUACUAUGUCUGGUGGUGACUUGGAUGGCGAUGAAUUUUUCAUAAGCUUUUAUAAACCAAUUAUGCCAUCGCGUAAGUAUGAAUCGAUGCGGUAUGAUAGACCACCACGUGUCGAGCUUCCACGUCCAGUGAAUAUUGAGGAUAUAUGUGAUUUCUUUGUCGAUUUCAUGAUAAAUGACCGUCUUGGAAGUAUUUGUAAUUUGCAUAUGGCUUUAGCAGAUUCCUAUGUUGAUGGUGUUCAAAAUGAAGAAUGUUUGUUAUUAGCAAGUCUUGCAUCCAAAGCUGUCGAUUUCAAUAAGACAGGACAACCUGUCGACGAUAAAUUGCCAGGCAUCUACGAAUAUCCUGAUUUUAUGGAGAAUAAAUACCGAAACUCUUACGAAUCUGAAAAGAUCCUUGGAAUCCUCUACCGUCGUAUAAAAGUCAACACUCCUCAAAAAGACCCACUUUUAAACUAUAAAAAAUUUGACAUCACAGUAGACGAGGAUUUUCUCGCAGAAGGCUAUGAGGAUUACAUCGAAGAAGCGAUCACGAUGCGCGAUGACUAUAACUGGAGACUUAAAAGCUUAAUGAAAAAAUACAGCAUUAAGACAGAACCAGAAAUUGUCACUGGAAACAUUAUUCAAUUUCGUGGAACGGACGGAAAAAAGAUUCACGAUGUUCGUGAGACGAUCUCUAUGGAAGUUGCAGUUAUUAUACAAAAGACACGGCUAUCUUUUCAAAGGGACCUGGAUGACGAUGAGGAUACAGAGCAUGAUUUGCCAUUUUCUUCGCGUGUUCCUAUCAAGAUUACAAACGAAUCGAAAGCUAAAGCGUCCGCGUGGUAUUACGUGACGUAUCAUCGUCAGUUGCAUAACAGUUUGGGUAAUAAUGGCCAGUUAUGGCAUGACGAUGAAAUUUUUUUAAGUUUUGCAUGGACCGUUUCUGAUAUUUUGCUUGCUAUUC